CUUCCCGUUGUUUUGUUUACUCCAGGCCUUGUCUAUAUCAGUCAAUCGAAUUCAAUUCCUUUUCUCUCAUAAAGGCAUCUUAGCGCAAUCGAUUUGAAGCUCAUCCACAUUAUCAUCCACUCUGCAAGCUACUCACGUUCCUGAAUUUGAUCAGUUGAACGAUAAUACAAAAAUGGAGCAUCCAGUCAAGGAAAUUGGCGGCGUUAUCAAGUCGCUCACUCAGGGCAGCCCAGAUGUCCAAGAGUCGACUCUGAGAGAAUACUUUCUCCCCAAUGCCUCGUUCUCGCAUCCAUACUGCCGUGUUCCUUCUAUAUCGAAGGGACAAAUCCCUUUGGCGGGAGGUCUUGAGUCGAUCCAGUUAAUACUGGCCAUCUAUCGAUGGUAUCGUACUUUGAGUCCACACAUUGACCUCAAGGUCGAUUCAGCAGCAUUUGAUCAGAAGAGCGGUCUUCUAUAUGUCUCCAUCCGCCAGACAUUUGCGCUCUGGUUCAUCCCUCUGUACAAAGCACCGGUGAAGCUUGUAUCUGUUCUACAGCUUACACAACUCUCACCCGAGUCAUCAUCAGAGGAUGAAGGACCAAUGGAUAGCAAGCCGCGUCGACAAAAUCCCCGCUAUUACAUCGCCAGUCAAGAAGAUCUUUAUCCUGUCAAUGACUGUAUUCAAUUUCUGUGCCCUGGUCUUGGUCCCUUCUUGUGGACCAUUUGGCAGCUCUACAGCACUUGGCUGUGCGUGAUGGGAUCUUUGUUGUUUCUGCCUGUUUACUUUCUGCUCAACGGCACGCCGUCGAAGACGAAGAAAAGAAUUCCCAAGUUUUAGCUUGGAUUAUUUGGCCGGUUUGAGAGAAGGAAUUUUGUUUUGGGGGAUUUCAUGAAAUACGCCUUAUGACACGACUAAUGACGGCGUAUUGAGCUAUUGUAAUGGGUUUGGGAUAAUGAUGUGCACACGGGCGUUUUUGUUUAGGUUAUCUUCGUAGAUACUCGUGAAGCUCAUGAGCUACUGGAAAGUAAUGAAAGCAUUUGCUUCCGCGAAAAA